AUGAAGUUCAGUGCGCCACUCACUGCCGUAGCUGCGGCUGCCUCGUUGGCAUUGCUUCCAUCUGCCUUAGCACACGGUCCUGAGACCAAGGAAGAAGUGAUCAAGUUCCUCGACCAGCAACAUGCAGCAUACCACUGUGCACCUGCCAUCGCCGCCAUGGCUGCAGCACGAAAGAGCUCUUGGGCGCAAAAGGUGCUGGGAGGCGAUUCGGUCGACAACAAGAACCUUUUCAUCGACGGCUACUUUGAGGAUCUCGGUAUCGAUGGUGAAAUCGCUGCCAAGGGUAUCAAGGCGCUCCAAGAGAAGGGCAAGCGUAUCAUGGCUUGCGAUCCAGUUGUCGAGACCAAGAUCCGAAAUUCGACGUGUGUUCUAUCGCCCCAAGUCACACAAGGCCCAUACUACCACACCGAGGAUCACCCUAUCCGCCAGAACAUGGCCGAAUGGCAGCUCGGCGUCCACUUCCAGAUGGACGUUGGUGUAAUCGACGUGGAUACGUGCGAGCCUGUUCCCAACAUCCUCGUCGACUUGUGGCAUGCUAACGCCACCGGUCACUAUUCGGGUCACCCGGAAGCAGCGCCGCACCUCAAGGAUGAGAUCCCUGCCGAGACAGGUGUUCGAAAGGGUCUGCUCUCAGCCUUCCCACGCACCAACACACACGAAAAGUGGCUCCGAGGUGCUCUCCCCACAGACAGGAACGGUGUUGCUCGCUUCACCAGUGUCUUCCCCGGUUACUAUACUGGACGAGCGACCCACGUGCACAUCAAGAUUCACAACGACUGGCAGGCGCUGCCCAACGGUACCUUCCGAUCUGGCAGACUGAUCCACACGGGUCAAUUUUUCUUUGACGACGAGCUCAACAUGAUGAUGGACAAGGUUUGGCCAUACAACACCAACCCCAUCGCUCAUCUUCCAGGCCGAGGACGCACGCGCAACUGGGAGGAUUCGCUGCAGAUUUAUCAGAUCUCACACGACAACGGCUACUUCCCCACCUUUGAUGUCGAAAAGCUCGGUGGUGUCAUGACGGAUGGUUUGAUCGGCUACAUCACUGUUGGCGUCAACCGUUCCGUCGUAGUUGACGAGAGCUGGGUCCCAACCACUGGUGGAGGCAAGACCAAGCCUUGGGUCCCUACCGACGCAGCUGCUCCCCUUCACCAGGAGCUCUAA